GAAUUGGAAUCGUUUUUUAUUUUAUUUUUUUAUAUUUUGGUUUCGUUCUUGUUCAUCUCCUCUUGUUCUCUCUCUCAACUGUCGCCCCCGUGUUGAACUCGCGUGCUGGCCCCAGCGCUACUAGACAGACCCUGAGAGAGAGAGAGAGAGAGAGAGAGAGACGAAACCCGCCCCUCCAUUCAUAAAAUUAAAAGGAAUCAAAAUCUCUAAUUUCAAAAGCCACUUUUCGCAAAAGCGUUUCCCGAUUUCAUAGAAACGAUUCAGAGCCCCUCAGCACCAGCGACUGGUCUUCUUCUUCUUCUCCUUCGUCCGGUUCGUUUUUCCGGUUUAGAUCUCUUUUCCCGAUUCGUUUUGUUUGAUCCAUUUCACAACCGCCGAGACGACGACGUUUUGGAGGGAUCGGGAUGAGGUUGACUCUGUGAAGUAAUAUGGAAGUGGUGGUUGAACCUAUAAUAAUAACUGCAAGAAGAUUUAGAAGAAGAAGAUGACGCUUUACAUUGGUCGCGAGUCGUCCAAGCUUUGGAAGAGGAUUUGCGCUGAGGUAGUCACCGAGAUCAAUCUCCUCGCCGCGAAUUGGAAGUAUCUUCUUGCCGGCCUUGUUGGUCAGUACAUACAUGGUCUAGCAGCUCGAGGAGUUCAUUACAUACAUCGUCCGGGGCCAACACUGCAGGAUACUGGUUUCUUUCUUCUUCCGGAGCUUGGGGAAGAGAGAGCUUACAUCAGUGAAACCCUGUUCACCUUCAUCUUUUUAUCCUUUGUCUUGUGGACUUUUCAUCCUUUCAUUUUCAAGAGCAAAAAGAUAUACACAGUUCUAAUAUGGUGUAGGGUUCUAGCAUUUUUAGUGACUUGUCAGUUUCUUCGAAUCCUCACAUUCUACUCCACCCAGCUUCCUGGUCCAAAUUACCAUUGUCGUGAGGGCUCUAGACUUGCUAGGUUGCCUCCUCCAGAGACUGUAUUUGAGGCCCUUGUGAUCGUUCCGAGGGGUGUACUAUAUGGCUGUGGCGAUUUGAUUUUUUCAUCACACAUGAUCUUUAGUCUCACCUUUGUGCGCACUUAUCAGAAAUAUGGCACACAAAGAUUUAUAAAGCAGUUGGCUUGGAUGCUCGUUGUGAUCCAGAGUUUGUUGAUUGUGGCAUCCCGCAAACAUUACACAGUUGAUGUUGUUGUUGCAUGGUACACUGUGAAUUUGGUUGUAUUCUUUAUCGACAAGAAAUUAGCAGAAUUACCUGACCGGACAGCUACAUCAUUGUUGUUACCACUAAGCACGAAGGACAAGGACAGCAAGACUAAAGAAGAGAAUCACAAGCUAUUGAAUGGAAUGUCUGGAGACCCCGCUGAUCGGAGGCAAAGAACUCAAGUUAAUGGCAAGAUUCUAGAAGACGGAAACACAGUAGUGCAUGCCGAUGCUACAAUGAACGGUGCAUAGAAUGGAACGACUUUGCUGCAAAACAGGAGAGCUCUGCUUAAAUGGCUAUGGUUUGGUUAGGAGUCUUUAGGACCUUGGCUACGCCACAUGAUUUGUUGUAUCUCUAGUGGAAAUGAAAAUCAAACUCGGCUAUAGUUUUUUCACAUUUUUGCAGUCCUCUUCUGUUCUAUUUAAGAUCAUGAUCAGCAUGUACCAUGGACUUACAUUGUUCAUAGAGAAUGAAAAUCUUCUGUGCUUUAUGAAAAGAGAAGAAACGUUGUAAAAGGAAAUGCCAUCAUCCUCAUGUCACAAAGAUACGAGGCAUUAUUGCUUA